CAUGAGUUAUGUGAGUCAAUCUAUUGAAUAAAAUCUUAACUAUUAAAGAAGAAACCCCCUCUUGGGCAUAAAACACAUUCUGUCAUUUAUGGUUUAUGAUAGUUGUCAUUUUCACAGAAAGAAAUUUAGCAGUCUUAAAUUGUUGAAGUAACAUCCAAAACAAUUAAUUAAUCAUGAGAAAAUCUUAAUUACUAAAGGCGCAAGACACAUGUCCCUUAAGUCUUACUUACCAUAUGCUACUGUAAGAAAUUAGCUACAAUUAAUUAAAGAAAUCUAAAUGUUGAUUAUAUACCAAACAAAUUUAUAUAAAGAGAUUGUGUCUGUAUAUAUAUUUCAAAAAUUAGCUAUAAUCAAUAAACAAAUCCACACAUACUUAUAAAAAUUAAUGAAAAUACUAUGUAUUCACUAAACAAAUCUACACUUACUUUUCAAAAUUAAUUGAAAAUACCAUCUUAAAAUAUUAUGAAUAUGCUAACAAUUUUUAGUUCAUAUCUUUAAAAAUCUGUAAGAACUUGCUUAGGAUAAGUUUUGAUUUAAUAACUUAAACUAAAAAAACAUUUUUACAUAAUUAGUAUAUUUAAACACUAAAAUAAAUUAUAUGAAAAUUAAAGUAAUCCGUUAACAACGUGCGAACCUAACCAAGAUAAUUUAUCCUUUAAAAACGCGCGAAACUAACCAACAUUAAUAUUUUAAAGUAAGCUGUUAACAGCGUGCGAAACUAACGAACAUUAAGAUUUCAAAAUACCGUUAAUCACGCGCGAAACUUUUAAUAAAUUAGUUAUAUAUUAUUUGAAAGUUAGAUACUAAUUUAUCAUACAAUAUCUUAUUUUAAAAACAUAACAAUGCUAUCUAUCCAAACAAUUCAAAGGAAAUGGCAAUAUUAGGGGAAAAAAUCUUUUUUUUUUGAAACAAUGGGAAAAUUUAAUAAUACUUUUAAAAGUUUACAAGAAAAAGUGGAGUGGUAUCGUGGUUACUGGCACUAUAUAAUGUACCGUGCCAAGGAGGUGAUAGAUACUUCUCUCUUACAAUACAAUCUGCUUAUAUAAGCUCUCUUCUCGUGUCUCUCUCUCUCUCUCUCUUCACCUUCAUUCCUCAGUUCCUCAGAUACUUCCUUCUUCUUUCUCUGUCUCUCGGAAUAAAAGAAUACAAAGUUCUUCUCUUUUGUUCCAAAGGUUUUGAGUUUUGUAAGCGGAGUAGGUGCAAGAGGAUUGUUUGGUAGAGUAUAUACAUCUGAUCAUGAAUCCUAGGGUGCGUCAGAGAGUUGAUGAAGAUGGUUCGGAUAUGAAUCGUAAGGUGCGUCAGAGAGUUGAUGAAGAUGGUAAGGAUAACGUUGGUGCAGCAAGCUAUCUUCUGACUGGUGAUGAGGAUGCAGCACCAAAGGUUCAAGAGUCGUCUAAGGAUUGGUCUAGUCUGACUUACGACCUGAUGCUUCACGUGUUCACUCUACUGGACAACCGCGACCGAGCUAGCUUAGCAUCCACCUGUACGACAUUGAGAAGCCUCGGUGCUUCUCCUCACCUCUGGAGUUCUUUGGAUCUCCGCGCUCACAGGUUUGAUGAUUCAGCAGCAGCUUCUCUCGCAGAUAGAUGUGCUGAUCUUGAGAAGGUUAGGUUUGAUGACCUUGACUCCGCUGCCGCCUUGGUUAACCUCAAAGCAAAGAAGCUGCGUGAGAUAACCGGCGAAUCUUGUGAGAACCUAACAGAUGCUACGUUGGCUAUGAUCAUUGCACGCCAUGAAGCUCUUGAGAGCCUCGACCUAGGACGAGGCUUCGGCGAGAGGAUCACUAGCCAGGCUAUAAAGAUAAUAGCCAUUUGCUGUCCCAAACUUAAGAAACUCCGUAUCUCUAGAAUGGUAGACGUUAGCGCCGAGGCGAUUCUAUCCUUGGCCGAGCACUGCCCCCUGCUAAGCGAUGUUGGGUUCUUGGAUUGUCUGAACAUCAACGAAGAAGCUCUGGGGAAAGUGGUUUCUCUUCGCUUCCUCUCCGUCACCCGGACGAUAAACAUGAACUGGAGAGCUGCAGAAGAGAGUUGGGGGAAGCUUCCGAACUUAACCGGUUUGGAUGUCUCGAGAACCGGCGUUAACCACGAGACGGUUUCGAGGCUGUUGACAACGUCCAAGAGUUUGAAAGUUGUGUGUGCUUUAAACUGCCCCGUGCUCGAACACGAUGCAGAUUUCAACCCUGGUAGAUUCGAAGGAAAGCUCUUGAUUGCUAAGUUUAAUAAUACUUUACAUGGGAUUGCUCCUCUAUUUUUCGAAGAUAACUCAUCAUCAGAGAUGAUGCCAGAGGAUGAUACAAGGCGUUGGCUCGAGGGGAACCUUUCUCGCACGCUUCUAUCUUUGACAGAAAGCAACUUACUAGGACUGAACGGUUUCUGGCAGAAGGAUGGAGCUAAGUUGUUUCUUAGGCUAAUGCAAAGCUCGCAAGAGGAAGUCCAAGAGAGAGCAACCCGAGGACUUGCAUCUUUCAUCCAUUUGAGUGAUGACAGUGAUAGUAUAUACCGCGAAAGAGCCGAUUCAGUUGUGCGUGAUGGAGGCAUCCCGAUUCUGUUUAAACUUACUGAAUCUUGGAAAGAAAGUUUCCAGGCGGAAGCUGCCAAGGCUAUUGCGAACUUGUCUUUGAAUGCUGAUGCUGCAAAGGCUGUUGCUGAAGCAGGAGGGGUCAGUGUUCUUCUCGGUUUAGCCAAGUCUAGGAAUAGACUUGUGGCUCAAGAAGCUGCUGGUGCAAUAUGGAAUCUCUCUCUUGGAGAUGCAUAUAAGGCCAUUUCACGAGAUGGAGGAGUGAAUGUGUUGAUGGAUCUUCUCUCUAGAUGGUCAUAUGACUAUGGUGAACUUAUGGAGCGUGCUGCUGGUGCAUUAGCUAAUUUAGCAGGAGACGAAAACUGCAGCAUUGAUAUUGCAAAAGCAGGAGGUGCGAAUGCCUUGGUGAUGCUGGCUCGAAACUGCGAGUAUGCAGGAGCACGAGAACAUGCGGCUCGUGGUUUAGCUAAUCUGGCUGCUCAUGAUGAUAGCAACAAUAACAAUGCUGCUAUUGGAGAAGUGCCUCGUGCCUUGGAAACUAUUAUUCAGCUGACGAGGUCCCGUCAUGGUGGUGUUAGACAAGAAGCUGCUGGUGCUCUUUGGAAUUUGGCAUACGAUGAAAAUAAUAGAAAAUUGAUUGCUGAACUGGGUGGUGUUGAAGCCUCGGUGGCACUUGCCAACUACUGUAUGGAUAAUACAUCAAGUGAUCUGCAAAAGAGUGCAGCUGGUGCUCUUUGGAAUCUAUCAAACUCAGAAGAGCACAGCAUUGUAAUUGGACGUGAAGGUGGUAUACCUCCUCUAGUUGCUCUUGCACGAUCUGAAUAUGAGGAUGUGCAUGAAGUUGCUGCAGGAGCUCUAUGGAAUCUUUCUUUUACUCAUGUCAAUGCUCUCCUCAUUGUGGAGGAAGAAGGAGUUCUAGCGCUUGGUCGCAUGUGUACUUCUUCUCCUUCCAAAAUGGCUCGCUUCCUGGCAGCAUUAACAUUAGCAUACAUCUUUGAUGGAAGGUUGGAUGGAAGUGUAAGGGCUUCUCCUAAACACUUGGCUAAUGUUAGAAGAAGCGGGCUUAAAUACAUUGAAAGUUACAUUGACACUUUCAUGGAUCCACAAACCCUUGCAACUGCUGCUUCAUCUUAUACUUCAUCUAUGUUAGCAAAAGUAUUGAAGAGAGUUCGUAUCCCAGAAGCUGACAUCUUGAAAUGUAGUGGUAAAGAAAUUGAAAGGUUUGUUACUAUGCUGCGUAACCCUUCUCCUGUACUCAAAAAACUUGCAGCCUUUGCGCUUCUCCAGUUCACAGUACCGGAAGCUAGUCAUGCCAAGCAUCAUGUAAGCUUGAUGCAUGACGCUGGAGAUCCUAAACAUUUGCGUAUUGGUGCUGCAGCUACAAAUAUGCCUCAUGAAGCUAAGAUUUUUGCGAAAAUUGUGCUUCGCAACCUUGAGCAUCACCAGCCAGAAUGUUCAAAAGGAAAGACAGCAUCAACUUCUAAAUAGGAUUUGGGCGCCUAUUUCAUUAGCAUUUCUUUAGUGAAUAGACUAUUUAUGUAUCUCUCAGACCAUACAAAUCAAGACGGAAGCAAAGAAUCAGAGGUACAUCAAGACUAUGGUCUCAGAAGAUGUUUGAUCCAUAUUAAAGACAAGAAAGGUGUUGUGGUAUAAUAUUUAUGUUGGCUUGUUAUGUUUAUCAAUCUUCUUCUGAGAUUUCUUCUGUAACAAAAGACCUUUGUUUUUCAUCAUAUAUAUAUAUAAUAUUUACCUUUUGAGAGAGAUUAUGCAGAGUUGUUCUUGGCUUUUACUUUCAAGUUAGCAACCUAGAAACGUUAACUACUUAAGCAAUAUCUAGCUACUUAACUACAUUCCCAAACUUUCAUUCGAUCCCUCAAAUAUAUUAUUUGCGGAUAACAUAUUUUUGAUGUUUUUAGGGGUUGACAGUGUAGUGAUUAAGAAAUCCGAGAUCUGAAAAUGUUCACAUUAGACUGACGAAUAUCUUUACUAAGACCAUCUCCAAUCCACAUCUAUUUUUAUCUCUAUAUUUUUCUCUAAAAUAGAAAAACUCUAUUAUAAAGGUGGAUUUACUCUAAUGUAUGCCUUUAUAAUAGAUUUCCUCUAUUUAUAGGAGAAAAUAUAGAGAUUUGCUAUUUUCAUCUCUAAAUAUAGAGGUAAAAAAUAAGAUUCCUCUAUAUUUUCUUCUAAAAUAGAAGAACUCUAUUAUAGAAGUAUACAUUGGAGCAAAUCCACCUCUCUAAUAGAGAUCUCUAUUUUAGAGGAAAAUAUAGAGAUAUACAUUGGAGAUGCUCUAAUAAAGUGGACUUCUCUCCCUUUCUACCGGCAAAAAUUGCCACUUGUCACUUCUUCAUACAUUGUGUUUUUUGUUUACUGGUUUGGUUUGGACCAUGCCGUUUUCUUUUACUCCCUCCGUUGCAAAAUAGAUAUGUUUUAUAAGGACUAUUUUAUUUUAAUUUACAUGAAAUUUUGAGAAUUUAAAGUUAACUUUAACUUUAUUGAAAAUUAUUCAACCAAUUAGAUUUUACAGUCUAUUUUAUAAUUGGUCAACUGAUUUUUAAAUUAUAUAUUUAAAAUAUUAUUUUUAAAGAAACAUAAUUUUCUUAAUCUUUGUGCACUAAUAUAAAACAUCAAGUAUUAUAAAACAGAAAGAGUAAUUGUUUCGGUAUAGGUUCCUUCUUUUCAAGCUUUUUAUUAUAACUAAUGCUUUUUGUGUAUAGCAAUAGAAACCCAUCUUAAUAUUAAUAUUACUUCAAUGACUAAAUUAAGUUUCAAUCAUCACUGAGUGCAGGGUGCAUGUGUGAAUGCUCUUGUGGACAUCAAACUUCCCCAGUUUAUCUUUGAUAUUGUUACAUGAAGAAGGAACUUAUGUGAAGUAUUACCACUAGCAGUGGGCAAAUAUUCCCCAAUAAACAAAGAGUACCAUCAUUAAAGUAUCAGUUGCAAACAAAAAAAUCUAAUUUCAUCUUAUUUGGGCCUUAAGUACGUAUAAUAAUAAUUGUGUAAUUGUGGUCCAUAACAAAUCAUACUUCAAAUUAUAAGCCUAACUCAAUUUGUAAUUGUCAUUUUUAAUAUUUAAUUUUUUUCAUCUUAUGUUGUCAAAAAUUAUAAAAAAUCUGAUAUUCUGAAAAUUAGUUUAACUUCAAAAUCAAAAAUAUAUAAACCUUAUUCACCAAUAAGUUACAAAAGAAAAUAGCCAAAUGUAUUGGACCUAUCAUAAAUUAUAAGAUUUGAUCCGCAGUUCGAAUUAAAAUUGUUCCCGGCCCAACAUAUAAAUGAUUAUAGAAACAAUUCAAAGCGCAGAUUUUAUCUAAUAGUAAUAAAGCGUAGGCUUGUCAUGGUCCAUGAGAAACAGAAUCCUUACAAACAUUAACUACUUAGAAUUGUGUAGCUACUUAGAAACAUCAGCUAGUUAGCAAUAUGUAGCUACUUAAAAGAACAUUCCCGAUCUCAUGGAGGAUCUAGUCUUGAGAAACAGAAUCCAGAAGCUGUUCUUCAUCUUGUGUAUUGGUUAUUGGUUUUGGAGAUAAGAGGGAGUAGUGCAGUGGCAAUGUCUGGGAGCGUGAAGAGGAUUGGCAAAGAGAAUGUUGUGGUCUUCAUAAAUGUCGAAAGCAAACGCUAACUCCAUUCCGUCUCGUGAAAUUACCAACAUACUACAUAAAAAAUAUAAAAGCUAUUACAA